AUGACGAUCCACGGUCCGGUGGUACAGAAGCAGAGGGAUCUGCGGGCAGAGCGGGGUUUACGCCCCGUACCGAAGCCACCUCCGCUGCUGGAGGAUCUGCUGGAUGGAUAUCCUUCCUUUACCCAGUCGCUACCGGGAAUAAUUGAUUGGGAACCGACAGCGUUAGACGGGGAUUCUCAGAAGCAAACUGCGCCCGAUCAUUUACGAAGCCCUUCCCCAUCACACUAUUUUCGACCUGACAGUCCGUCAAGAAGGAUCCCUGCUGCGUUAUGGACUCUGAACGACUACGGAGGAGCAGGAACCUCCAACCACUCGCGCCAUAUUCGAGACCCAAAGACGCAAUGCACAACUCAGGCACAAGUGCACUGCGCAGAAUCACUCCGGCCCGAGAAGUGUUACUGGGCUGGAAACCUACUGCUUCAAGAAACGGCGCACUAUGGACUCGACUCCGACGAUACACGCCGGGUAGAAUCUGGAAUGCAUGGUGAAAAAAGUCUUGAGCCCACGGUAUCCACGAUUCGUCAGAACAGCCAGCGUCAAAAAAGCCGAGACUCCUCCCCGGCGUAUAACGGCAGAGAAGACCAUACACAACGAGAGCACGCAGAGGAUUUCGGCGCACCGGACAUUCACAAUAAAACACUGAAACCGGAUGAUUUCAAAGUUUUAAAUGACAUUUCAGAGGUAGAAGACUUGAUGUUGUGCGAGGCGGCCAGCCUUCUUGAUUCAGCCAGCCUUCUUGAUUCAGCCAGCCUUCUUGAUUCAGCCAGCCUUCUUGAUUCAGCCAAUUCUUUGGUAGAAACACCCGAGCUAGGUUUCUCACAGGCUUUUACGGGGCUCUAAAAUCCAGAAAGGUCUUGCUACACAAAUGAAUGGUGGCUUUACUUAAGCGGCAAUACAGUCAAGAUCUAUCCUCCUGGCAUAGAACAAUGCCACGAUUGUUAAACAACAAUCCGAUUAAAAAACGCAAAUGCAUGCGCUAAAAACCUAUAUGCAACAUGGAUCCUUCCAGAAUACCACAAGAACACACAUCCUUAAUUAACCAAAUGGAUGAGCCAACAGACAUAAUUCAGACAGUUGAAACCCUGUUAUCUCAGAUUCCUGCCGAACUCCAAGCCUUCAUUAACCAAAUGAUUGAUCCUGGGGUAAGAUCAUAAUUCAUAUAGGUGAAAUCCUGUUAUCCCAAAUUCCUGCCGAACUCAUAGCCUUAAUUAAUCAUAUGAAUGAGUCCAGGACGACCGAUGAAAACCCGCUAUCCCAGAUCCCUGAUGCACUCAAAUCCUUAAUUAACCAAAUGAAUGAGAGCAUAAGAUCUUCUACACCGGACCGCACACAGACCCCGCCAUUAACUCCCAGGUCCGAAGAGUCUGAAACGCAAUACAUGGUUUUUGAGGAAUUGGAAAAUGGUCUAAUAAAUCAGGAGGGAGAUGGUCUUGAUAGAAGUGUCCGGCUUGUGUACCGAAAUAAAUUCAGCAAUACAGAGAUUCGACAGUUUUUCAAUUUCAUAUGGCUGAAUCAGAAUCUUGACUAUGCGGUGUUUUAUGUGAUGAUAUUGGAUACUCUGGACGAACUGUUAGACAGGGCAACAGCUUAUGGUGAACCUCGUGAUGUCUUACAGUUUGAAAUUUGUGGAGAUAGCAUGCAAAACACUGUAUCUCUUGUUUUACCUAAUGAUGCUGCAGAUCUUGAACAAUUUAUAGCCCUGCUGGAACGACUUGUUCAAUCAAAUUUAUCCAUCAUAGCCGAUAGGACCCUCGAGCUUGUAAUGCAAAUAAUACGUCAACCCCAGGGUGGCGGGGGUCAGAGAAGGAAACUAGAUAGUCUCAUGCAAUCAGAAAUCAUAAGUAAUAAAAGGGCAUACCUCAUAAACGUUCACAAUCCUGGUAGUAAGCUAUGCUUUGCAAUAGGCCUAGCACAUUUACUCAACCCUGGAUGUACUGAUCUAGCGGCGUUACAAAAGGCUAGAGAGCUCCAAAAGGCCGUGGGUCUAGGUAUACAGGAUGCGGUGGCUUUCUCUGACAUAGUCAAAUUUGAAAACUUUCUGAACAUCAAGAUUGUGGUUUUGUACCACAUUAGAGCUAAUGCAGCUCUCUUGAAAUUCCAAAACAACCCACAACCUCAUCCUCAGAUUCUGUACUUUUAUGUGCAAAACGACCAUUAUUAUGCUAUUACCAACAUCACAGCGUUUUUAGGCGCACCAUAUGUGUGUCCAGCCUGUCAUACAGGCUACACCCGAAAGGGGGGACACUCUAGUCGUUAUAACUGUUCAGUAUGUCUGGAUGAAACAUGUCCGAUGCAGCCCAUAAACCUAACACCCUGUGCGGAUUGUCAACGUUCGGCCUACUGCUACGAAAAACACAAAAUUGAAACAUGGCACCCCAAGGCAUGUAAAUCUGUAAGCAGUUGUGACAUUAACAAGAAAUGUCCAAAAUGCCAUUGCAAUUACAGCCUUAAAAUAGACAACCCUAAACCUCAUGUGUGUGGAAUCAUACAUUGCCCCAUCUGUAAAGGGCCUUUUGAAAAGCAGAGAUGCAGAAGUGGUUCAAGAAGUGCCACACGAGUGUUAUAUUCAGCCCUUGGCUGAAGAUGAACAUUCAGAGAAAUACGUUUUUUAUGAUUUUGAGACUAAUCAGCAAUCAGGGGUCAAUUUGGCUAUUUUAGUAUCUACCCUGACUUUCAAGGGUGAAAAGUGGUCGGCAGAGGAACCCAAUUGUGCACUGCUCUUUCUAAAACACUUUAGAAAACCCCAGUACAGAAACUUCACGUUUAUAGCGCACAAUUCUAGAGCCUAUGAUUCCUACCUUCUUUUGAACCCCUUGAUACAACAAGGCGUUGCACCCAGUGUCAUAGCUCAAGGUAGUAAAAUCUUGUGUUUUGUAGACCCCGCUUUCAACCAGAGAUACAUUGACAGUUUAAGUUUCUUACCCAUGAGAUUGGCUCAAAUGCCUGAGGCCUUGGGUUUGAAAACUCUGUGAAAGGUUGGUUUCCUCAUUUCUUCACAUCUGAGGAGAAUCUACAUUAUAUCGGAUCUUAUCCCAGCCCCGAAAUGUACGGGUGUGAUCAAAUGUCUCCCAAAGAGCGAGAGAGAUUCAUGACGUGGUAUGAGACAGUAAGACAUAGCACCUUUGAUUUCCAUAAAGAGAUGGAAUCAUACUGUGACAAUGACGUGGUUAUACUUCAUGACGGAUACCUCAGAUUCAGAGAAGAGGUCAUCAAAGAUGUAGGCAUUGACCCCUGGAGUUGUACAACUAUUGCAUUGACAUGCAUGAAAACCUAUCAUACACACUUUUUACCUCCAGCAUCCAUAGCUAUCCCCUCGCCUGACAACUACCGAUGCCAAUUCAAGUCAUAUUUUAGUGGGUCCAUUCAAUGGUUGGAGUACUUGGCCCAGGAUAAAUACAUUUUUAUUCAACAUGCUUUGAAUAGGGGUGAGAAGGCAUUUGGGCCUUAUCAUGUAGAUGGAUACACACAGAUUGACGGUGUUGAGACCGUGUUUGAGUACAACGGUUGUUUCUUCCACAGUUGUAAAUCUUACUUUGUGCCCCAGGCCAUGUGUGUCCUAACCCAAAAUACUUUUGGGGAAAUGUACCAAGAGUUCCAAGAUAAAUUAGAAUCUUUACAGGCUACUUACGGUUGAAAGUGAAUGUGAUGUGGGAGCAUGAGUGGACCACACUCAAAAAGUUUGAUCCACAUUGUCACGUCCUGACCAGCAGAUGGAGCUAGUGUUUUAGUUUUGGGGUCAGGACGUGGCAUGUUUGUAUUGGUUAAAUGUUGGGUGGAUGAUUGGGACUUCCAAUUGAAGGCAGGUGUGUAUAGUUGCCUUUGAUUGG